CUCCGUCUACUAGACUACUCCAACACAUCAAUCUCACUCUUUGAGGAUAAUCCGACAAGGAGAACACCAUACAGACAAAAUGUCGGACGGAGAAGAGACUGUUUCCAACCCCGUUGCCGCCGCCGAUGAGGUCGAGGUCAGCGCCGACGCCGGCGCCGGUGGCCAGAUGUCGGUCCUCGAUGCCCUCAAGGGUGUCCUCCGCAUCUCCCUGAUCCACGACGGUCUUGCCCGUGGUCUCCGUGAGGCCGCUAAGGCUCUUGAUCGUCGCCAGGCUCACAUGUGUGUCCUCAACGAGGGCUGUGAGGAGGAGGCCUACAAGAAGCUUGUCAUCGCCCUGUGCUCCGAGCACAAGAUCCCUCUCAUCAAGGUUCCUGAUGGAAAGAUGCUUGGUGAAUGGGUUGGUCUUUGCCAGCUUGACCGUGAGGGUAACGCUCGCAAGGUCGUUAACUGCUCUUGCGUCGUUGUUAAGGACUGGGGUGAGGAGUCCCAGGAGCGCUCUGUCCUCCUUAACUACUUCCAGACUGAGCAGUAGAUUUGGUCUUCUGUGGGAGUAGGGAUUGUGGGUUCAUGAUGGGUUGGGUGAUCUAUUGAUGGGAUGGUUGUAAGGGAAUUUCUUUGAUUUUUUUUGGAGAGUUCCCCUAUCUUUAUGGCAGUUCUGUCGGUUGGGUUUUCUUCCCCGUUCGUGGACCAUGGUUCAUUUUUUUUCUCUAGUAUAGGCUUAAUGGCAUAUACGAUUCAAGGAAA